AGACAAGCAGUAAAGUUCCCAACCUAUUUCCCACCAAUAAAUUUUAUGAAUAAUAACAAUCAUAAAAUAUCAAUCGCGACCCUCAACUGUCGUGGCCUCAAAAAAACAAAUAAUCCAAAAAAAAGACAACAAUUUAUUCGGUAUCUUCGAUCAUCAGGCUUCGACAUUUUGGUACUCCAAGAAACACACGCCAACGACGAAACUACCAUUCAACAAUUUAAUUUACAAUUCCAAACCAAAUCUAGCACAUGGAAUCGACAAACUGGUAUUAUAGCCAUUAACAAUAAAUAUAAAAUUAACCCAAUCGAAGCUGGCAUUGAUGAUGGCAGAUUUAUUCUAGCAGAUAUUCUCCAUAACAAUGAUAUAAACUCCUCCCCAGUUUGCACCAUCCUCAACAUAUAUGGUCGAAUCGGUACAGCAACCAACAAAUCCAACUUCUUUCGUGAGCUACUAGACACGGACAACAUACAUCAGAUAUUACAUAACCCGAUCACUAUACAGAUUGCUUUGCAGAAAACAAGGCCAUAACUUGGAAAAGCGGCACCUCAGCAACAAUUAUUGACUAUAUUUACU